AUGAAAGCCGGAGCUGUGGACACUGACCACGUCAUCCAGGGCAAGGACAACGGCUGUUCGUCGUGCAGAGUAUCCGGAUCUGUUACUUUCUUGCUGGUUGCUGCUUAUUUUUACUUCGGCUGCAAGCACGUGAAACCCGUGUAUUACUUCGGAACCCCGAGUAUGAUAUCUUUAGCUGUGGCUAGAGCAUUAGAUUUGACACCUUUCAAUGGUUAA